GGAAAAAAAACCCAAGAAGAGACAACGGAGAAACUAGAGAAGGCUAAGGAAGGAAGACAAGGCAAGAACGAAAGAAGAAGAAGGGGGAAAAAAGAGACAAAAAAAGAGAGAAAGAAACUCGAUCACGGUAGGAAAAAACAUCAGAGGAGCCGGCCAUCCGCGGGGUGGCAGCGCAGGCGAGGAUGCGGAGCGUGUGCGGCGCCGGAGCAGCGCACGGUGUCGCUGCAGGCUCAGGAACGGCUCGGUGCGGGCGGCUCCGCCCCGGUGCGGCGGAGAGCCCGGCUGUGAGCGCGGGGGGGCGGCGCGGGCCGGGCAGCAGAGCCGGUGCGUCCGGGCGGCGGCGGGGAGCCGUGCGGGGCCCGGGCCGGGGCCGGCAGCCACAGCGGCAAGAGCGGCGAGAGCGGCAGCGGCGGCAGGGAGGAUGGGCGAGCGGUGGUGUGCGGCGGUGCUGCGGGUGCUGGUGCUGCAGGCGCUGGCCUGGGCGCUGGCGGGCGGGCAGGUGCGCUACUCGGUGGCGGAGGAAGCCAAGGCCGGCACGGUGGUGGGCCGUCUGGCGCAGGACCUGGGCCUGGAGGCGGGCGAGGCGGAGGCGCGGCGGCUGCGGCUGGUGGCUCCGGGCCGGCGGGCGAGCGUGGAGGUGAGCGGGGCGAGCGGCGCGCUGCUGGUGAGCUCGCGGCUCGACCGGGAGGAGCUGUGCGGCAAGAGCGCGCCGUGCGCGCUGCGCCUGGAGGUGCUGCUGGAGCGGCCGCUGCGCGUCUUCCAUGUGCAGCUGGAGGUCACCGACAUCAACGACAAUGCCCCCGUCUUCCCCGCCGCCCGGAAAAACCUCAGCAUCGCGGAAUGGACCACUCUGCCCGGGUCUCGUUUCCCGCUGGAGGGCGCGUCAGAUGCGGAUAUCGGAGUGAACGCGCAGCUCUCCUACACACUCAGCCCCAGCGAGCAUUUCUCUCUGGACUUACAAAAAACGAAUGAGCGAAAUAUUGAGCCUGAACUGGUUUUAACGAAAGCUCUGGACCGCGAGACGAUUCCCGUGCACCGGUUGGUGCUGACGGCGAGUGACGGGGGCCGGCCGUCUCUGACGGGGACAAUGGAGCUGCUGAUCUCGGUGCUGGACACGAACGACAACGCCCCCCAGUUCAACCAGUCGGUGUAUAAAGUGCAGCUGCCGGAGAGCGCUGCCGUAGGAACGCUGGUGAUGAGGGUGAAUGCCACGGAUGUAGACGAGGGAAUUAACAGUGAAGUGACCUAUGCUGUUACGAAUUUCAUUCCCCCGACUGGAAGAGACGUGAUUUCCAUCAAUCCUAAUACCGGGGAAAUUCAUCUCACAGCAGCCCUGGACUUCGAAGAAGUCAGUAUAUUUGCCGGUGUGCAGGCUCUGCGGGAAUCCGGGCUCCUUUCUAUGAGUGCUUGA